UUUUUACAACAUGUUCUGGAUCUAAUUCACAUUUAUUUAAUACAGGUACAUAUUGGAAUUAAAGGAUUUGUGAGAGAUUCGGUCACUGGGGCUGCCUUGGAAAAUGCAACCAUUGCUGUGGCUGGGGUUGCUCACAACAUUACGACUGGACAGUUUGGUGACUAUUACAGACUGUUGGUGCCUGGGACCUAUAAUAUCACAGCUUCCGUCUCGGGCUACCUGCCAGUCACCACGGAGAACAUUGAAGUGAAGGAAGCAAACGCAACCAUAGUGGAUUUUUCCUUGCAUCCUGCAGUCACAGUGUUGACUUCCAGACCCACCAAGGAAACACUGAUCACCACCAGCAACUCUCUUGGCAAUGCAGCAACUAUCACUGCUGUAAACAGGACAACCUCUGCUCGCCAAGUGAUCCAGCCGGAUGAUUUUCGCCAUCACCACUUCCCUGAUAUGGGUAUCUUUCUGAGGAAAUUUGCCACUGAGUACCCAAACAUUACCCGGCUCUACUCGGUGGGCAAGUCAGUGGAGCAAAGGGAAUUGUAUGCCAUGGAAAUAUCGGAUAACCCAGGCAUUCACGAAGCAG